GUUUCACGCGUGGCACAAUGACGUGACUGGGCCUUUCCUCCAGCAGGGGACGGGCACCGAGCAGAGUUCACGCCGGGGCCCGGUGGUGGUUUGGUGCAAUGCGAACACUCGGAUCGUCCAGUGGUCGGGCGGCGGCGGCGGCGGCCUCCCACUGCUCCCACUGCUCCCACCACCACACGGCGUGGGACCUCGGCUCGCCGCUGGGCACUGACCGAAUCCCGGGCGGCUGAGAGGAGGAGGAGGAGGAGGAGGAGAGUGUGUCCCCGGUCAGUGAUCUGAGCAGUGGGGAAGCUCAGGCUCGGGAUCCGCUACGUCAAACAGAUUAGUCAAAUACGCUCUCGGGGCAGAACGCACCUCCCCUCCCCGGGCGCGCCUGGACACCUGCACGGCGCUGAGGCGGCGAGACAGUCUGCGCCGACGCAGCCAGGAAGACCUCCGGUGAAACACACACAAGUGCACUACUUUUCUUUUUCCUUUUUUUCCCCCUGUCUGGCGGGGGAGGGGGCUGGAUGAGACAGUGGCAGUGGCGCUGAUCGGCCGGCAGCAGCGUCUCUCGUCCCUCGUCCCCACCGGCCGCGCAAUGGCGAGAGAGAACGGCGAGUGCCGCGACGGAUCGUGGAAGAAGCUCGUCGACGACAUCAAGAAGACGUUCGACUUCAAGGAAGUCCUCGGGACUGGUGCGUUUUCCGAAGUGGUGAUGGCCAGGGAGAAGACCACGGGAAAGAUGGUGGCAAUCAAGUGCAUUCCCAAAAAAGCACUGAAGGGGAAGGAGACGAGCAUCGACAAUGAAAUCGCCGUGCUUAGGAAGAUAAAGCACGAGAACAUCGUGGCUCUUGAGGACAUCUACGAGAGCUCAAACCACCUGUACCUCAUAAUGCAGCUGGUGUCCGGAGGUGAACUGUUUGACCGCAUCGUGGAAAAGGGCUUUUACACAGAGAUGGAUGCCAGUCGGCUCAUCCGGCAGGUUUUGGAUGCAGUCAACUAUCUGCACUCUAUGGGCAUAGUGCACCGAGACCUGAAGCCCGAGAACCUGCUGUACUUCAGUCCCCAUGACGAGUCAAAGAUCAUGAUCAGUGACUUUGGCCUUUCAAAAAUGGAGGGGACCGGUGACGUGAUGGCCACCGCCUGUGGGACUCCAGGAUACGUGGCUCCUGAGGUCUUAGCUCAGAAGCCUUACAGUAAGGCGGUGGACUGCUGGUCCAUUGGGGUCAUCGCUUAUAUUCUGCUCUGCGGUUACCCUCCUUUCUACGACGAGAACGACUCCAAGCUCUUUGAGCAGAUCCUCAAGGCCGACUAUGAGUUUGACGCACCGUACUGGGACGACAUAUCCGACUCUGCCAAAGACUUCAUCAGCUGCCUCAUGGAGAAGGACCCUGAGAAGAGAUUCACAUGUGACCAGGCUCUGGAGCACCCCUGGAUUGCUGGAGACACCGCUCUCUGCAAGAACAUACACGAAUCAGUCAGUCGACAGAUGCGGAAAAACUUUGCCAAAAGCAAAUGGAGGCAAGCCUUUAAUGCGACGGCUGUGAUCCGCCACAUGAGGCGUCUGCAGCUGGGAACCAGCUUCGGCAGCAGCGUUUCCAGCAACAACUCUGUGUCCAACCCUCAGAGCCGAGCUCCGGCCAAGAGCCAGUCUGUGGACUGUGCCCCGCUCUCCUCCAAGGACUGUCCUCCAAUAGCUCCUCUGCCAUCUGCUGUUAAAGUAUACAAUCAGGACUCCGAUGCCCCCUCCCCUCCCGUACCAGAGGAGCCACCUGUGGUGGCCGAGCCGCCACGGCCGCGACCCUCCACCGUCACAGUCAUCCACACGGGGACUAAAUGACGCCAGGUUCCGCGGGAGGUGAGCUGGGAGACCACGGAGCUUUGAGAGGGGAUGAAACCACCCCAGGCCUCGUGAGUUGAUGUUAUUGCCCAGCUUGCCCGUCCCGCAACCUCCCACCUCUUUCUGCCGAGCAUGGGAGGAAUUUAAGGAGCAUUGGCUCAGCUCCCUUUACCAUGGCUAAGCACGGCACCCUGCUGCUUCCCUUCCCACUGUCAUACAGACCUGGAAGUACAGAGGAGGGGGAGAGGGUCACCAGAAGUUGUUAUUGUGGAAGCCACGUUCAGGCUGGAUCAUGGUUGUCUGGCAGACAAACCACCUGCUGGUCUCGGAAGUGCCACACUAAAGGGAACUCUUUACUGAAGCUGCUGUCAUUUUUGAUUGAGCGCCUUGGGACAGGGCGCUCUUCUGUAUGCCUCGUGUAGAUAUCCUGCCUAGAAAAAACUGUGGAGUGGAGUGAUCAGUGAAAUAUAAGCGUCAAGUUGUGGUAAAUAAUUGUGACAUCAUCCGCACUCUGAACUUCUCGUCAUUUUGACCGCUCGUUAAUUUGCUGUGGUAUUUGCUACGAUGGUUCACGGGGUCAUAACUACCCAACAGUAUGACAGUGUGUGUAAUCUCUUUGCUUUAAAGUGUGUGGACGCGAAACACGAGCAGGAGUGUGGUCGCUGAGAGCGCUGGUGCAUUGUACUAAUGCAUCGGAUUAUUUAUUUUCUUACAUUGUGACUUUUCUAAGAUUACCACUUUGGGAUAUGUGUAAAAGUGAUGUCAAACUGGACUGAAAAAGUUAUCGCGUUAAAUGACAAAAGACACACUAUCUAAUAGUUGUUACUUUAUAAUCGCUGUUGUGUUUGGUUAAUUAAUUCUAAUGUGACUGUGAAGUCGUCCUCGACCACAGGAGGGCGACCACGUGUUUUCGCUUUGUGACCAGUUCUCAGGGAUGUGCUCCGACGUGAACCUAUCCAAAAAAAAACCCUGCUCAGAGUGGUCAGACACUGCUGCCGGGGACGUGUGAAAUAGCUGAAAAAGAAAAAAACUCCAAAUACUGCAUAUAACGUGCCAUCGGGAGAGUUUGACGGACGUUUCCUUUCUUUAAAUCCAUCAUUACUAACAUACGAGCAUCGUGUAACUCGCGCUGAAUGGAUUGUUUUCCCAUGAAAAAACCUUGAAUUACAGAAUUGGAUUGAAAGACAGUGUUUGAAACGCACAUUCAUGUCUGCAGUAACAAAAGAAAAGUCAAAUGACAAAUGAUCUUCCCAUUGCAGAAUCGUCAGAUCUAUAGUGUAGAAGUUCAUUCGAGAAAAUACCGUGCUCUGCUUCCGCCCAUGAACGGGCCGGUCUGGAAACCGUUCACUCUCUCUGUGUUUAAUCACUGUGCUUUCAUACCAGCCUGUAGAAUUUAGCAGAAAGACUCUUUCUCCCGCUCUCUCCCGCUCUCACAGAGAGAAGAGAAGGGAUCUGUCUUAGUAUUUUCUCUGUGGUAACUCUAUUUCAUCUUUAAAUCACUCAACAUGAAUGCAGGGUGGGAAAGAACCCUCCACCAGAACAUGCCCAAUAUCAGAGGGCUAUGCCAUCUUGAAUUAUCGAUAAAUGUUAAAUAGUGAAUAUCUGUAAAUACAAAUCUCAACAACACAGUUUGCUUGGGUCUUGAGUGUUUAUUUUUGUCUUCCCUACAUUUUUUCUCUCCAAAAAACAUCAAAAGAAGGAAAAUGUGGUGCAAUUACGGCACCUCAGUAUGCAUGUAUUACAUAUUGUUGCAGAACUGUUGUUUGGAGUUGUAGAGAUUUGUGUAUUAAAAAAAGAGGCUUGUU